AGGAUAAGGACAUCUCGUUAACUGUAACAAUGCUCUCUCACCUCUGUUCCGACGCCUCUCGCCGAUGCUUGGCCACCUCGUCUGCCACUAGGAUGCAGACCUUCAGAGUCUACCGCUACGACCCUCUGAAGCAAGACAAGCCACACAUGCAGGAGUUUAACAUUGACUUGGCACAAUGUGGCCCGAUGAUUUUGGAUGCCCUCAUUAAAAUAAAGGAUACUCAGGACUCCACUCUAGCAUUCCGGCGCUCUUGUCGCGAGGGCAUUUGCGGAUCUUGCGCUAUGAACAUUAAUGGCAAGAAUGGCCUCGCGUGCCUCCAGUACAUCGAGCCCGGCGCAGCUCCUAUUGAUAUUCAGCCGCUCCCUCACACGUACGUCCUGAAGGACUUAGUUCCCGACUUGAGCAAUUUUUAUAAUCAAUAUAAGAGUAUUGAACCCUGGCUCAAACGUAGACGUGCAAAACAGCCUGGUGAGAAGGAGUACUACCAAAGCAUUGAAGAUAGAGAAAAGCUUGAUGGCAUGUACGAGUGUAUUCUCUGUGCUUGUUGCAUGACUUCGUGUCCAUCUUACUGGUGGAAUCCUGAAUAUUAUCUCGGCCCGGCGGUGCUCUUGCAGGCAUACAGAUGGAUCGCGGACUCUAGAGAUGAAUUCACAACGGAGCGCAUGGCUUGGAUCAACGACUCCAUGAGACUUUAUCGUUGUCACGGCAUCAUGAACUGCACUUCAUGCUGCCCUAAAGGUCUGGAUCCAGCUAAGGCCAUUGCUAAGAUGAAGGCCGAGAUAGAAGCUGCUUAUGAGCCUGGAUGGACUAAGAUAGUAGCCCAGGAAUCCAUAGCUAACAAGAAGCGCGAGAGUGGUAUGAUGUAUGCCUAGUAGAAAGGAGGCUGAUUCCAUCACGGUGCGGUAACGUGUCAUUAUUGUUUAUUUUCUGUUGGGCAUGCUGUCGCCCAUCAUGCUGUAAAUGAAUAGGUUAUGACCAUCUCGGUGAACAUCUCAGAUGAACUA